AACAAAAUGGCAGAGAAGGUGCAAUAUUACCUUGAACAAAUGGUCCCUGAGCUUGAGGACUUAGAACGUAAAGAAAUAUUCACAAAAGAAGAAAUAAAGUCGAUUAUCAAGAAACGAACAGCAUUUGAAUAUGCACUUAAGAGAAGACCAGCGCAAGUCAUCGAUUUUUUAAAGUAUAUAGAAUAUGAAAUGAAUUUAGAAUUAUUAAGAAAAAAAAGAAAAGAGCGUUUAACAGUAACUAAAUUUAAAGGUGAUAUUAAAUUAUGGUUACAAUAUAUUGAUUUUGCUAAAAACGAAGGGAAUAAUUUAUUCAAUAUUGGAUUAUCUUAUAGUGUACUACAAUUGCACCCAACAAAGCCAAUAUUUUGGAUAAUGGCAUCAAAAUAUGAAUUUGAAGUGAAUGCCAAUAUAAUGUCUGCUAGAGUGUUUUUACAACGUGGUCUUCGAUUAAAUUGCGAUUCACAUCAAUUAUGGCAUCAGUAUUUUAAACUUGAGCUAGUAUACGUCGAGAAAAUCAAAGUUCGUAGAAGGAUAUUAGGUAUUUCCAACAAUAAAGAUGAAGAAUUUAACGAUCACGAAGAUUCUCAAAAUUUCAUUAAGAUAGCAGAUGAUGAUCUUUUAAAGGCCAAUAAAUUAGAGACAGAAGGAUUAGAUCGAGUACAAGAAAUUAACUUAGAUGAUGAUAAUUUAUUAUUUCGUGGAGAACUUUCUAAAGUUGUUUAUUUUAAUGCUAUUAAAGCUAUUCCUAAUGAUCUGUCAUUUCGAAAAGAGUUUGUCAAUAUUUGCCGUGAAUUCUCUGAUAUAAAGAUGGUUCAAGAAGAAAUUUAUGAAAGUAUACGAAGAGACUUUAAAAGUAAUCCGGAAGCUUUAUCUUAUGUUAUUGAAAGACAUGUAGAUAAUAUUUCCGAUGUGCAUAGCAUCGAAUUCAUAAAUUCAAUUAAGCAUUGUAUUGAUGAAUAUCAAGAAUUUAUUGAGAAAUUUCCUAAUUAUGAAAUGUGGUAUAUGUAUUCGAAAUUUCUAUUGAAAUAUUUACAUAUGGUCUCUGAACCUAACCUGGUUUCUUUUUUAAAUAAAAAAUUAUCAAAAACCUAUAAAAAUGCUUCAAGAUCCAAUUUAGCAUCAUCAUCAAUGUACUCGGAUUGGAUAAAUUGGAUAUUAGAAAAAGAUGGUGUUAAAUAUGAGAAAAUUAAAGGAUUAUUAAAGAAUGCUACAGAUACUUGGCCCAAUAAUUCACAACUAUGGGAAAAAAGGAUUAAUGUUAUUAGUUAUUUUGAUUCUAAUGAAGAAAGUGAAUCAAUUGAAGAGUUAUAUAAAUUAUCGUUAAAAUUAAAUCCCGCCUCUUUAAUACUAUGGGUUUCCUAUCUUUCUUGGAUAUUUAAAAGCAUUAAUUUAAAAGAUAUUGAAUUAGAAAAUUUGUUAUUGAAUUCGAUUUCUAAAAUAUCUUCGUUAUCACAAAGUACUCAUAAUAGUAAAGAUGAUAAAGAUUAUCAACCUAACGAAAUUAAAGAUCAAAUUACAACAAAAUAUUUGAAAUGGGCCGUAGAGAAAGGAGGAUUAGAAAAAGCUCGCAAAGUUUAUAUGAGUUUAUUCAAUAAAACUUUGCCAACUCUAAAAUUUUAUCAAACAUGCAUUGAAAUUGAACAAGAAUACUUAGAAAACUCAUCAACCUCUGCAUCCGAUCCUAAAGCUCAUUUAAUUUGGCUUUUUGAACAAGCUUGUGGAUUUGAGAAAGCACCAAUUGUGUUUACAGUCAAGUUGACCUUUGCCGAGAAUAUUCAAAAUGAUAAUUUUAAAGAAUCACUUACGAUUAAAUCGCUUUCAGACGGAAAGUUGUUAACCCAUUUUCAAUUUAACGUUAGAAUUGGAGGAAUUGAGGAAGGCAAAGCUUUCAAUCAUUAUAAGUUAUUUCCGCGUGCGAUAGGACAAAUAAUUCAGAGUUAUAAUGCGCGUGAGUUGCACUUGACAUUUACUCAAGGACGAUGGAAUUAUGAAGACUGGGGUUAUCCUAUUGUACCAGCAGCAGGAAUUGGUGUGGAACUUUGGGCAUGGCUAUGGAAGGAUGGAAAGCUAGACGAAAAUUGGAAGUCAUUGACAAACGCUCUUGCCGGUCUUUUUUGUGCCUCAUUAAAUUUCAUAGAUGAUACAAUUACCGUUCAACCUAAAUUAUCGUUUCGACCAGAAGGGCCGUAUAAUGCUACGGAGUUAUCGGCACGUGCUGAACUUAGAUACGGUUCUUUACCUCAUGAAAAUGUUUGUACUGAAAAUUUGACACCAUGGAUUAAACUUCUUCCAUGUAAAUCAAAUUCUGGGGUAGCAUCACUUUUGAAUGGACACAAAUUAUAUGAUUCUAAUUUUCAUUCAAUGUCCAUUCACGUACGGCCAAAUUCGGAAUGUUCGCGAAAACAGUUAGAAAUCGUUCAGACUGUGUCCACUGUCGUAGAUCCUGUAAGGAAUUCAGGAAAAAGAGAUUGGAGUUUGAACCAGAUUUUUGGAAGACGUCUUUCACAAGCUUGUCCUUUAGCCGAAGAAAGCAAAUUAGAAAUAAAUUUACCCGAAGAUGGUGAUUAUAAAUUAAGUCCUGACGCGGAUGACGUCAUUCGGAAUACUGAAGGUGACACGAGUAAAGCUGUGUAUAAUCUUAAAAACGUACAAUCAAAGACAGAUGUUUCGAUGACAUGGAAAGAAGAUUUGUUCGAAUACAAUCUUAAUUUCGAACAACCUCGUGUUUAUGCACAUCGUUUUUUUACCGGUUAUGGCCAAGAAAGAGGUGGAAUUAAAAUUAAUAUAUUUAACAGAAGUUCAAAUAUCUCUGUCCCAAUAAUAUAUUUUGACGUUAUUCCAUGGUUCUUGAAAUUAUAUCUUCAUACGCUAAAAGUCCAAAUAAAUGGAGUGGAAGCACAAUAUAAUCCAAUAAAGGAUUUGUAUUAUCAGCCGGCUGUGGAUCGUUCACGUCCGAAUGUUAUUGAAGCAGAAUUAUCAUUACCACCUAAUUCCAUAACAACUCUGUCGAUUAAUUUUGACAAAGUAUUUUUAAAAUAUACCGAACAUCCACCGGAUGCGAACCGUGGUUUUGACAUUGGUUCUGCAGUAAUAUCCACUAAAGUUGAAUCUCUUGAUGACUACAAAUACUUUCACGAUAUAGAAACAAGAAAUUGUUCCGAAAACAUGCCAAAAACGGCAUGUCAUCAUUUCCCUAUCCGAAUAUACACGGAAACGCUUCUUGUUAGUCUUCCUACACCAGAUUUCAGCAUGCCUUACAAUGUUAUAACAUUAACAUGUACGGUCAUUGCACUUUUCUUUGGAAGUAUGUUUAAUUUAAUGACCAGAGGUUUUGUCGCGUUACGCCCUAAUGAAGUUAACGAAGAUAAAGUUAAAGUUAAAUAA